ACUUCGUGUAUAGCCACAGUGAAAGGGAAGAGAGAGAGAGACUGAGGCAAAGAGCGAGAGAGAGAAAUCGCGCACGCAUAUCUGAAUGCGGAAUUUAUUUUAUUCCAGCGCGCCCGAAAAACGCUGGCUACCAGAAAAGGCAGACCUUGGAUGUGGAGUUUCUCAUUGCAAACUAGGAUGCUGUGUAUAUGUGUAUUGAUUCAGUGAGGCCUGUGUAGCGUUCCUGUUACCACACACACUCACUCUCUCUCCCACACUCGGCGCGCUCUCACCGUGAAUAUAAUAUCCUUUUUGCGAAAAACUGCCAACUGUGUUAAUUACGCUCCUUGAUGAUAUGGCCGGGGCAGUGUGUGUUGCGCGCGCAACCCGUUAAUGUUUGAUGGCUGUGUACCCCGCGCGUUGGACGCUGCCAGCGAUACGUCCAUAUUAGCCAUCAUUCCCUCUUUGCAUUGCGCUGCCGCAUUUCGAUCCGCAUCCAUCGGCAAUCGCAAUUUUAUUGGCGAGCGUAUAUAGUGCAGCGACGUACUGCAGCAGGAUUUGACUGAGCCGUGUGUUCGACUCUUCCCCGUUUGAUUUCCCCUUCCUCCAUCAGUGUGUGACGAGUAGGCUUUGCUGUGUAGAGUUGUGUGUCUGUGAACUCGAUCGCUGUGUGAAAAAACUCAUGAUGGCACUUCCCAAUAAUAACCUCCAGAAUCAUACCACCAAAUUCACCGAUAAUUAUGAGCUCAAGGAGGAACUCGGCAAAGGCGCCUUCUCCAUUGUACGAAAAUGUGUACACAAAAUCACCGGAAUGGAAUUUGCGGCCAAAAUCAUCAACACCAAAAAGCUUUCACAAAGAGAUUUUCAGAAACUUGAACGCGAAGCCAAAAUUUGCAGACGGCUGAAUCAUUCUAAUAUUGUGCGUCUUCAUGACAGUAUUCAAGAGGAAAAUUUCCAUUACCUUGUCUUUGAUCUGGUAACGGGUGGAGAACUGUUUGAAGACAUUGUGGCGCGGGAAUUCUACAGUGAACAUGAAGCCAGUAAAUGUAUACAGCAGAUCCUCGAGAGUGUUAACCAUUGCCACACGAAUGGCGUCGUCCAUCGUGACCUUAAGCCAGAGAACCUUUUAUUGUCCAGUAAAUCGAAAAAUGCCGUGGUGAAAUUGGCCGAUUUCGGCUUAGCCAUUGAAGUGAACGGUGAUCAGCAGAGCUGGUAUGGAUUUGCCGGCACGCCCGGCUACUUGUCACCGGAAGUCCUCAAGAAGGAACCCUAUGGCAAACCGGUGGACAUUUGGGCUUGCGGCGUUAUCCUGUACAUUUUACUGGUGGGCUAUCCUCCCUUCUGGGAUGAAGACCAGCACCGGCUGUACGCACAGAUCAAGAGCGGCCACUUUGAGUAUCCGUCCCCCGAGUGGGAUACGGUGACCAGGGAGGCCAAGGACCUCAUCAAUCGCAUGCUGACCACCGACCCCAAAAAGCGCAUCACCUCCGCGGAGGCCCUCAAACACAUGUGGAUCCUCAAACGGGACGACAUCGCCUCCAAGAUGCACCGCCAACAGACGGUGGAAUGCCUGCGCCGCUUCAAUGCUAGACGGAAGCUGAAGGGCGCCAUUCUGACGACGAUGCUGGCCACCCGCACCAGCUUCGCCGCGCCCAAAUACGACGCCAACAGUCGGAGUCUGACGGCCAAGAAGGUGGAUGUUGUCGCCAAGGAGAAUGCGGAUGAGAAUUCCGCCGCCACACCGGCCAGUACCAGUGAUACGAUUGUGGAGGAGGAUGGUUUUGAGACACCGAAAACACCCCACGGACCCACCGUCAUCAACAGUGUGGCCGGUUUGAUGGACAAUCAUCGCGGCGGUGCGGAUUCUGCGCCCGUCAGUCCCAGUGUCCUGACGGCGAAAAAGCUGGAGAUUAUCCGCAUCACGCAGGCCCUACUGGAUUUCAUUAGUGCGGGAGAUUUUGAUGCAUAUUCAAAAUUCUGUGAUCCUUCCCUUACCGCCUUUGAGCCAGAAUCACUGGGAAAUCUCGUAACCGGGAUGGAUUUCCAUAAAUUCUACUUCGAUAACAAUUCGCAUCGUGGAUCAAAGUCCGUGCGAUCGACCAUGCUGAAUCCGCAGAUUCACCUCAUGGGCGACGAUGCCGCCUCCAUCGCCUACAUCCGUCUGGUCCAGUGUGUUGACAAAUCUGGUGUUGUGUCGUCACAGUCAUUUGAAGAAAGCCGUGUAUGGCAUAAGCGCGAGGGACGAUGGCAGUUGGUCCAUUUUCAUCGCUCAGGCGGUCGUCUCUCCACCAAAAUCCCCGCAUAAAAUGUGGAGAAAGGCAGAGACAAAAAAUCUCCGUGGAUCCGGCUUCGUUUUUUCUACUUACAAUCCCCCGUUUUAAAUCCUGAAAUAAAUUGUGAUGGUUCAGAAACGCUGAGCAGUGGAUUUCCGUCAAAAGAGAAACCCCAUUUUAAUCCAACCAGCGCGGAACGUUUACCAUUUUACUUCAGUCUGCUUUUCGGUCUCGUUUAAAGAUUAUUUCUUUCUGAAAAUACUAGUUCCUGUUGCGAUGUUCGUCGGUGUUUCGCGCGCACCAUUGCGCGACGCGGAAACGGUACUGGAUACUUUUAUCGGGUGCCAAUCAAACCAAAAUUCCAGUUUGUUUGUUUGUCCUUGGCCUGUGUGUCCGGGUAAAAAAGGACAGUGUGACAUCCAUUCUGGACAACCUGGCAAGCUAGUGGUAGUGAUGAUGAUUUUAUUUUGUUUUUGACAAAAAAAUGUUAGCGCGUCUGGCAUAGUUUUACAAAGUUUUAAACGGCACGGUGUAUGUUGAUGGUGGUUGAGAAUUUUUCCUCCUUUUUGUGGUUUGGAUUAAGUAUAUCUUUUAUUGUUUUAGCCGGUUGCUCUGCUGUCCUCUUUCUCCUACAGGUUUACUUUAAAUAUCGGCUAAAUUAUUUAAUGAAUUGGAAACGUUACUUAGUUCCGGUAUUGUGAAUAAACGAGAAAAUCGG